UGUUCUCUGUUUCACAGUGUCUACCCCACUCUCUAACCUCAGCCGACAGUCUGCUCUGUCUGUCUUUUGCUGAGUCCCUCAAUGGAUUCAGCUUGAUUGAUCGUAAUGAGUUUGGGGAGCUCAAACAUGGCUGGAGGUGCCCUGGGAACGGCCUUCUCUCUCCUGCUCCUUGCCUCUAUUAUACAAGGGCUCCGGGAAGUCGAGGUGUUCCAUAAUGAAAAGAUGGAGGCGGUAGAGGGCCAGAACGUUACCUUAACCUGCACUGUAAAAAACAGUACCGACCUCAAGAUCGCCAGCAUUGGAUGGAGCAAGAACAAAAAAACAAAGCUGGCUCUGUUCGACCAAAUUUAUGGAAUCCAUCUGUUUUGGCCUAACGUCACAAUGCUGACUUAUCUGAUUGAGAACAAUACGAUGGGUUCGCAUCUACACCUUUAUGGGGUAACUAAACAGGACAGUGGUGUCUAUGGUUGUGACUUUUCAACUUUUCCUCUGGGGUCCAUCAGGAGAGAAACAGAGCUACAGAUCAAAGAUGAUGUUAAAAUAAUGUGUGACGCGGACGGCGUUGUCGAGGUCCACACGGGAGAAAAUGUGACCAUUCGCUGCCGAGCGUUCCCUGAUGCAACGUACAAGUGGGCCAAGAACAAGACGCUGGUGUCAGAGAAUGAAUCUCUGGCGCUCUGGUGUGUGACUGAUGCUCACACAGGGGUUUAUACACUGACUGUCAACACGGGAAACAAAAGUCUGCAUAAAGAGUUUGUCGUCACGGUGCUAACAGCAACCACAAGCUUAAGGACAGAUCUUGUGACAGUACCGGCGCAGUCUAAUGUAACUGAGGCGGGUUUGAUCGAGCUAGCAGACAGCGACCUUACCACAUCACCAACUUGGACCACGAAUAUGGACACCGAUGUAACGCAUGAUAAUCCAAAUGCCAGAAAUGUCACAGCUGGAGAGCACAUGGCCUCUUUAACAAAUUCUACACAUAUCAGUUUCACGUCACCCCCUGGCACACACACGGAGCCCGAUCGCUUUAACCACUCCACUGACCAGGAGAUAAACCCGACUCCCAAUGUAAACACAUCCAGCAAUCUGUCCACAACAUUAAGUUAUGGUAAUAAGGUGUUCAGAUCAACACCGGAGACAAGGAAUGAGUCCACGGGAGGCAAUCCUGUUGCAACUCUGAGCACGGGAAGUACAACGAUAGUCACUGAGGAUGAAGGUGGUGAACGGAGUCAUCUGUUGUUAAUCAUCGUUCCAAUCGUGGUAUUGAUCGCCUUGGCUGGCUUCCUCUACAUGAGACAAACUAUGAAGGAGAGGAUGGAUCUACCGCCUCCGUUCAAACCCCCUCCUCCUCCAGUCAAGUACACAGCUGUAACACACCGUGAGAUUUCAACACAGCAAUUCCCCACUUCAAGGUGUAACUCAGUGAUGGAACUUAAAGAUACGAAACAGAUUAUUAUUAAUAUGUAAAGCCUAAUAUAUUGCCACAAUGACAGUUGAUGAAUUGCAUUCAGUACUUGUGGAGCUAUAAACUGCAUCCUAUCUUAGCUAGAUGCAGCAUUACAAAGUGUUCUACUUGCAGUUGUGGUCAGUUUCAAACUGCAGUUACGAAACAGUUGCAGGCAAUUGUGCAAAUGUGUGUGUAUAUCUAGUGUGGGUUCUGUGCUAUUGUAUAUAAAAUGGUUUUAUUUUUGUAUAUUAAAUGUAUUCAAUUUCACCAUUAUGUUUCUAACAUUUGACAAUAAAAGCUGAUUUAACUUGA